AAACAGUGUGUUGCAAAAGCAUUUUUGGGUCCGGCAGGACGAAUCUGCGGAGUUUCUGGGCUCUGGUGUCCACCUCCAGCCCAACUUCCACAGGCCUCUCGUGCGAUACGCCGUCUCUCGCGUGGACGAUUCUCUUUCGUGUAGACUUCAUCCGUUCCGUGCGCGCGUGGACGCCAUGGAGGAGUCGCAAGAGGCGCAGCCGGUGGGCGACGUGCCGGAGGGCGCCAACCAGCAUUGCCCAGGGACGGGGGCCGAAGAGGCGGGGAAGGCAGCAGCGUGUGCGGGCUGCCCCAACCAACAAAUUUGUGCCACGGCGCCCAAGGGACCGGAUCCAGAUCUAGCCGCCAUAGCGCAGCGCCUGCAGGCAGUGAAACACAUCGUGCUCGUGCUGUCGGGGAAGGGCGGCGUGGGCAAGAGCACGUUCGCCGCCCAGCUGGCGUGGCACCUGGCGCAUCAGGACAAACAGGUGGGGCUGCUGGACAUCGACAUCUGCGGGCCCAGCAUGCCGCGGCUGAUGGGGCUGGAGGGCGAGGAGAUCCACCAGAGCGCCAGUGGGUGGUCGCCCGUGUACGUGGACGACCGCCUGGGCGUCAUGUCCAUCGGCUUCAUGCUGCCCAACCCCGAUGACGCUGUGGUGUGGCGCGGUCCCAGGAAGAACAGCCUCAUUAAACAGUUCCUCAAGGACGUGGACUGGGGCGAGCUGGAUUAUCUUGUGGUGGACUCACCGCCCGGCACAUCAGAUGAGCACAUAUCAGCAGUCCAAUUCCUCAAGGCUGCUCAUGUGGAUGGGGCUAUCGUGCUCACCACCCCUCAGGAGGUGUCCCUCAUGGACGUGCGCAAGGAGCUCAGCUUCUGCCACAAGGUCGGCCUCAACGUGCUGGGCGUCGUCGAGAACAUGGCCGAGCUGCAGGUGCCGCUCUCGUCUGUUCGUUUCUCCCACCAACCCACUCACUCCGCCCGCACCACUACUGCCACGUCAGCUGCCAGCGUUUUUCCAAAUGGCGAGACUAACAGCCAUGCGUGCGAGGAGGGCAGCGGGGCAGCGGAGAGUGGCGGCGAGGACGUGACAGUGCGGGUGCUGGAGGCCCUGCAGCAGCUCUUCCCCGGCCCUCUCCUCCUGUCAACUGACAUGUUCCACACGGGCAGUGGCGGGGGCGGUGAGGCCAUGGCACGCACCAUGGGAGUGCCCUUCCUGGGCCGCGUGCCCUUUGACCCCUCGCUGGGCAGAGCGGCGGAGGAGGGCCGAUCCGCUGCCCCUGAACGUGCCGAUGCAGAUGGUGGAGCGGGCGUUGGUGCUGGUGUUGGUGCUGGUCAUGAGGGUGGGGCGGCAGGCAUCAGGGAGAAGCAGAAAGCAGAGGGGCUAUCACCGGGUCCUGCUUCGCUGCUGCGUAUCUUUGACAAGAUCGUGUCUGCAGUUGAGAAGAGCAACUGCAGAUGAGGCUGCUGCACAGGCUACCUUGCUACAGCUGCAAUGCUGGCUCUUACUAGGAUUACAGCAAGAGGAGGUACCUGAGCCGCUGUUAGAACACUAGUUAGAGAUCUAAUAUCAGUCGAGAAGCUUGGAUUGUUGGGUUGGGAACUAGAGAGCAGCUGCUGCUGGAAGUGGUGUGAUUAGCUUUGCAAACGGCCAGUUGUGUGAGUGUUUCACGUGAUGUUCCUUGGCUCGUUUCUCUAUGUGGCUAGCUGUUCACUAGUGUCAUUUAUCAGAAAGAAAAUGAUUGGACUAGA